AUGGCUCCACAAUGGCUAGUCACUAAGGUCAAAUCCGGAGGCAGCAAAUCAAGAGCCAGCAGUGCCCCUCCUGUCAGAAGAUCCGUCCUUGGGGCUGCCCUACCCCCAAGAGUGCCGGAGGUGGGUGUGCAUUGUGAUUGCUCUCCUUGUGGGAGAGUUUGUGAGCCUGAUCUAACGAUUCUGUGCCUGGCAGCCUCUGUGGCAUGGAGGGUGCCAGCCCUUUUAGUUUGGCUUAUUUUGAAGUCAAGGACUCCACAAACUAGAAGCAAAAAUUCCAACAACUUUCCAGUGUUGACCCCAUCCAUUUGUUCUCUAACACUAAUCAUAAAUGAAGGAAGUGGAUGGCACUCCUUCACAUACGGAAACUUGUUGGAAAGCAGGGGAGAGUGGUGGUGGUGGGGGCCUCGAACAACAAUCAAGAGAGUGCCAUCUAUCAGUCGGGGGAGAGCUGGGUCAUCAUCCUCAUCUACAGCUCCUGCUGGAGCUGUGGAUGAAGCCUCGUUCUUUGCCUCAUUUGAGGAUGUUCCUAAAGUUAACAUUUACUCUGCCCGGGAACUGGAGGACAACCUCACCAAGAUCAGGGAGGUUAUUUCCAGCCCUAGUAAUGACUGGGACAAGAGAGUAGAUGCACUGAAAAAAUUGCGAAGUCUCUUAAUUGCUGGUGCCAAUGGGUAUGAGGAGUUUUAUCCUCAUCUUCGGCUUUUGGAACCUGCCAUGCAAUUGUCUAUCAAAGAUCUCAGGUCACAGGUGGUCCGAGAAGCAUGUAUCACUGUUGCAUACAUGUCCCAGGAACUUCACCAUAAGGUUGACCAUUUGUGUGAGACUGUCCUGCCAAAUCUUAUUUACUUAAUACCCAACAGUGCCAAGGUGAUGGCAUCCUCUGGCGUUGUCACGAUCCGGUUUAUAAUUCAAAACACUCAUCACCAUAAAUUAAUUCCUAUCCUUUUGCGAGAGAUCAGUAGCAAGAAUAGAGAGAUCCGCAAAGUCUUGUGUGAGGUUUUAGAUCAAUUAGUGCAUACGUGGCCCACUCAUUCUAUGGAAAAGCACGUUCUCAUCCUUGCCGAGACAAUUAAGAAGGGAAUCACAGAUGCUGAUCCUGAAGCAAGAGCCUUUUCCAGAAAAGCAUAUUGGGGCUUUGCGGGCCACUUCAAGGACGAGGCAGACAAACUGCUGAACUCACUGGACCCGAGCUACAAGAAGAUGCUUCAGGGAGAGAUGAGCAUGUCCAAUUCAUCUUCAUCACAGUCUCUGCACAACUCCCAGAAGUCAGCUGGAGCGCGUCCUGGGUGGUCACGUUCUUCUUCGACGGCUGGGAGCACAGAGAACCUGUCUGGAAUGUCAUCAAGACUCCCCCAAAGUGGCAUGCGACGCUCUGCCAUCCCUACCCCAGCCUCCACCCCUCAGGACUCCUCAGACUCCCCCGUCCCCUCCCACACACCCACCAACUUCCGCUCCAACAGUGCCAUUGACCUGCAGGCCGCAAGGCGUGCACAGGCUCGUUCACAGUAUGCCCAGGCCCAGAGACUCAAGGUGGGCUCUGGAGCGUCACUACCACGUCCAAGAAAAACGUCCGAUCAUCCGCCCAUCAGCUCCAUCACAUCCCCAGACAUGGGAAGACCCAGAAGCCGAGGCGGAGUUUCUCAAUCACAACCUGGUAGUCGCAGUGGAUCCCCCUCAUCCAGACUUAGUUAUGCAACAUACUCUUCACCUGGAGACUCAGGUACCUUAGGCCGCUCUAGACGCAGGAGUGGAAUUCCACGUUCCACUGGUACUUCGCGAGAACCUUCACCUAGCCGUUACAGUGGGCUGAGUGGUAUUUCACCAUCAAAGUCUCGUUCAAGAUCCAUCUCAGGUAUAAAUGCCUCCCAGGUACCAGGGAAAUCUCGACAGGUCAUGGCCCAGAAGAUCCCACAGAGUCGCGAAGCAGAGAGUGCGUUAGCUGACGCACUGGUGAGUCUGCCACCAGGAGGAGGACGUUCUCCAAACAGAAAGAUGUACAGUAAAGCCUUUGAGGACCAAUCUGACAACGAUAGCGAGACCUCCAGUAUUUGCUCUGAACGUUCCUUUGACUCCUGUAGGAGAAGUGAUCAAUUCUGGUACGGAUCACAACAACGUAUUCUCAAGGAAGUGUGGGAGCCAACAGUUAAGAUGCAGGACGUGAGCGACAUCAUCCUUAACUGCGCGUCAACACACUGGGGUGAUCGAAAAGAAGGCUUGAUGGCUCUUCAGGCAUUCCUACGUGGCUCACACAUGCUCACUGGAUCUGAGCUGAAGAGGGUCACUGAGAUCUUUACCAAAAUGUUCAUGGAUGCUCACACGAAGGUGUUCACACUCUUCCUGGACACCUUGAUGGAGCUGAUCAUGGUACACAAAGCUGACCGUGAUUGGCUUUAUAUUCUACUUACAAGGUUGCUUAACAAAUUGGGAUCAGAUCUGCUGGGAUCUGUGCAGACCAAGAUCCACAAAACCUUAGAUUUAGUCAGAGACUCAUUCCCAUGUGAUCAACAAUUCAUCGUUCUAAUGAGAUUUCUAGUGGACCAAGCUCAAACUCCAAACUCCAAGGUGAAGGUGGCAACGCUGACGUACCUCAAGUGUCUGGUGGAUGUGAUGGACCGCGGUGACCUCACAGCAUCCCCCGACACUCCAAUGGCACUGGCCAAGAUCCUUACCUGGACUGCUGAUCAGAAGUCCCUAGACAUCCGGCGGGCAGCUUCAGCGUGCUUUAUCGCCAUGUUCAACUGCAACAUCACAGAAUUCACAGCACUUUUGCAGCAGCUGCCUUCUGCCUGCCAAAGCACAGCGUCGCAGAUCAUCCAGAGCCACUUGAAGAGAGCGGCCAGUUUGGAUGCCUCACCCUCUUCCCUGCCCACCCGUACACCUCCCAGUGCUGGCGGGACUCCCGUGCUUCAGAGCCCAAAUACCUCACUCCCACGCUCGCACCGGUCAUCACGACACAAUACCAUUGACUUUGAUGAUACGGAAAAUCUUAACCAGAAGAAAAUUACUUUCCUACAUUUUAGGAGUUUGAAACGCACAACAGCAGAGAUCCAGAACUAUAGCUUCGACCUGGAUUUAAGUAGUCGCAGAGAUAGUUUAGAAAAACAUAGAGAUUCGACGUCACAGGUAUUCCUCCGACAGGACUCUGGGAUUAGUCAAUUAUCAGCUGGUGGAGGCGACCUUCGCACUAUAGAUACCGUAGACGACAAGGGUGUGGAGGAUACCAAUGGCAUCCUCUCGGGGAGAUCUUCAAGCGUUUCGUCACCCACACAUCGCAACCUCUCCAUGAUGUCUGACUCUUCAAGAAAUGGACUCGACACCCUCACAGACGAUGAUCUCGGUAGAGGAGAUGGACAGGAGAGUGAUGCAGAGGUAAUGUCUGGUGUUGUGGCAGAGCUAGGUAACACAGAGGAGGGACGCACAGCAGAAAAGCGUGCCGCGCUGACAUCUCUAAUACGACUAGCGCGUACAGGCUCCACUCUAGUCUGGAAUGAGAAUUUCCGUGCUGUGCUGAGGUUGUUGUUAGAGAGUCUUGUGUGUGACGAUGGAGGUCAGCGUGCCCUGGUGCUAGCCGUUCUGACAGAGAUGAUGAGGAGAAGUCCACUUGUGCAUCACUUCCUUAGUUUUUCGGAGCUUAUCAUCCUUAGGGUCCUUAAUGCACAUGCUGACAAAGAAAAGGAAGUCCUUCGAGCAGCAAGUGUAAGUUUGUCGGGAACUGUAGCAGAAAUCCUUCCUCCUGAGGUCGUGAUUCGGGUGUUGAAGCCUCUUAUUCAAAUGGGAGAAUAUCCAGUGAAUCAAGCGGCCAUCAAAAUGCUCAAUAAACUGGUUGAAGCCCAUCAACCAUCCAUUGUUGCUGCAGCAUUGCCUGAAAUCAUGCCUGGACUCAUUAAGGCAUAUGACAACAAGGAGUCUUGUGUACGCAAGCUUCAGUGUUUCUGCAUGGUAGCAUUGCAUAAUGCCGUGGGAGAGGAUGCAAUGCGACCACACUUAGAGAGUCUCACAGGAUCCAAGUUGAAGCUCCUCAACCUGUACAUCAAGCGUGCCGAGACCCAGAAUUCAGGAGCAUCUUCUCCAAAGUCUGAACCACACCUUAAUGAUAAUACUAUAUGUGGAGGUGAAAAUGGCGGGUGUUUGGGGAUAGGUUGCUCUACAUCUUAUUCAAUUGUUGACUUGGGUCUGAAUGGAACUGAUUGCAAUGCCUCUGACUCUGAUGAUCAUCUGGUGUGGUAUGACCAUAAUGGUCAUUUGAGACAAUGGUCAUGGAUACUAAAGUUCUUUUUAUUAAUACAACCAGAAUUUGAGCUUAACAAAGUAUUACCCAAAGCUCAAAAAUUCCUGUCAAAAAUUGAAUCUAUGGAUCAUGGUUUGAGUCCUACAAGACCCAGUGACUGUUGCAAUGACUUGCUUGUGCUGACUGUUGGGGCAGCUGGGCGGGAUCUUCCACCAUUACAUGUCUUUGACAGGAGCAGCUAUUUUGAGUCUUUGAGGCUUAUUCAGGCUUUAAUCUGUGUUGCAAAUAUUGUGGACUCGAAAAAAAAUUAUUUGUUCAUUCACAUGUACAGAACAAAGAUACAGACCUAG